AUGGCAAACUAUGGUCAAGUGCCAACAGAUGUACAAAUGCAAACUGCCAUGUCAAAUGACGCUGCGUUAGGUUUGCCACCAUGGUAUGCAAAUAUGAGAUGGAAAGAGUUUUAUACAAACCCUGAAGUGGGAUAUAAACAACUUUAUGCAGAUGACGCGAACACAGGAGUUGACCCAGAAUAUGUUUUCUACCAGAGGAGAAACAGAAUGUAUGAGCUCCAGUUAAAGAAUGCUAUGGAACUCAACAGGAAACGUAAGAGACUAGGCGGACAUUAG